CACAAUUUUUACGUGGAAAACCUCCUCGAUGUGAGAAGGAAAAACCACGGGACCGUAGUCCACUCAAAAAUCCACUAUAUAAAUGGUAUGAGUACAACCACGUCCUCCCUGUUCAACAGCCUGAACAGAACAGAGAGUCUAGCUACAAAGAGCUAUCUCCAACACAAACAACAACAACAAGAGAGCAACACAAAGCUUCAAAACCGGCAGCAACCAAACGAUCUCAUCUCACAAAGAUUCCGGCAUCCAGAAACUAAUCCAACCGUACAAAUCCAAGAUAAACAAGUCGAAACUACCUCUGCCAAAUUUCAGCUCAAUAAGAGAAGAUCUCACCGUUGGAUUUACCAAACACCCAAGACUGCUCUGCUGAAGAACUAUGGCGACCAGCUUCAAGAAAACACAGACAACAGAAGAUCCAACCGUUUAAAUCCAAAUCCCUUCGGUGAACCUCUAACUCACUGACUGAAGAAGCUUCCCACAAAAUAUCAGCCCGAUCAGGAUCCGUUUGACCCUCCAAAUCCAGUCUUGAAAUCACCUUACGAGUUUUCUCCUUCUCUCUCUUUUUCUCCUUUCUCUCUCUUUUGUUUCUUUUUGUCAAAACUCCAUUAUUAUGUCAAGUGCCAAAGGGGAACAUUAAUUAUUUCUUAAGUUCACCCCAAUUGGUCCUCUCCAUCUAGGAGGGACCCAACAAAAUCAUCUCUACGGCAUCGUCAUAUAAAUGUAGAUCCUCAUUGUGUUCGCUGAUGUAAUUUCGACGAAACUCCGGAGAGCACCUUUUCUUUCCAUGUUCUACACUAUUUGAUCCUACUACUACAUUGGAAGACAAAAUCAGAGAGAUUUUUAACUUAUUUCACAAUGAAAGUUUUCCUCUGGUGAUCAAAUAUCGUGGAAUAUGGACACUGUGGCAUUUAUGGAAAAAUCGAAAUGAUUUACUUUUCAAUUCUAAAGAUUGGUCUCCACAAAGAACUCACUCUAGGAUUGAGGAAGACAUAGCAGACUGGCUCACAUUUAAUCCGGUGGUUCAGACAACCACACACUCUACUGGUGCACCAAGUUCUUCCUUGCGAAUGAAGAAUUGGCAACCACCACUAGUCGGGUCGGAUGGGUCAAGUGUAACUACGAUGUAUCUCACCAUAGAGGCUCCCAACCCUCAGGUUUGGGUUGGAUUUUUGAAAACCAUUUAGGCAAUAUACAAAAAUGUGGUAUAGGUAAAUUUGAGGGACGUCACGCAGGCUAUGCAAGCUACAUUUUCCUUGGGUUACAAGAAAGUUAUUUUUGAAGGCGACAAUAUCCAUGUGAAUAAAUGCAUCCAGGGUCAAGCGUUCAACUUAGGCCUUACUCAAUUUAUUCAUACCAUCGCAGCUUGGAAUAAUCAUUUUGAAGCAACUCAAUUUGUUUAUAGGAAUUGAGCCUCAAACUCAUGUGCUGAUCUAUUAGCUAGGAAAUCAAUUAAUUUUGAAAAUCUAUGGAGUGUGUUCCAUAAUUGACCGGGAUUUUUAAUCUCCAAUGUAAUAACAGAUCAAUCAAUAUAAAUCAUCUUAGUCGAAAAAAAAUCUUAAUUUUGUUUUAAAAUAAUUUAAAUGGGCUACAAACCCGAAUCAUAUCAGAAAUAAUCUGAACGGAAACUAGACUGAAAUUUAAAAAUAUCUGAACGAGUUUGAUAUUGGUAAUCUCAAAAAUCCGAAAUCCAAAUAUCGUAGAAUCGAAUCUGAAUGGAUACCCGGUCGGGUUGGUAAACCUGAAAAUGGUUGAUUAAAAAAAACUUGAAAAUGGUUUACUUUUGGAUCCAAUGCCUAACAAAACAUAACCGCUAACCAGUCUUUCCUCCUCGUCUCUCAUGCGUCACUUAGGAGAACAACAAUGGCGUUUCUUCACACUGAUCCCGAAACGAUCUCCAAUACGCAUCCUUGGCUACUUCUCCUCCCACUCCAAACCCGAUCCAGUCUCCAAAGAACAACAACAGCUCCUCGUCGACGCCAUCUCUGAAUCGCUACAAAACCGCGAUAACUGGGACACUCUCUCCACCAAAUUCUCCUCCGCCAAUCUCUCCGACUCCCUCGUCGAUCAAAUCCUCCUCCGCUUCAAACAACCCGAAACCGCCAAACGCGCCCUAACCUUCUUCCACUGGUCCUCCCACGCUCGAAACCUCCGCCACGGAGUCUCCUCUUACGCCGUCGCCAUUCACAUCCUCGUCAAAGCUCGAUUACUCAUCGACGCUCGAGCUCUAAUCGAAUCUUCUCUCUUAAACUCAUCUCCCGAUUCCGAUCUGCUCGAUUCCUUGCUAGACACUUACGAGGUCUCUUGCUCUACUCCUCUCGCAUUCGAUCUGCUCGUUCAGGGCUACGCUAAGCUUAGAUUGCUGGAAUCUGGAUUCGACGUUUUCAAGAACCUAACCGAUCGUGGAUUCUCGCUAAGUGUAAUCACUCUCAACACUUUGAUCCAUGUUGCUGCGAAAUCGAAUCGGAGCGAUCUCGUUUGGAGAAUCUACGAGGUGGCGAUCGAUAAGAGACUUUACCCGAACGAGACGACGGUUCAGAUCAUGAUCAGUGCGUUGUGCAAAGAAGGGAAGUUAAAAGAGAUUGUAGGUUUGUUGGAUAAGAUUCAUGGUAAGAGAUGUUCUCCUCCAGUGAUUGUUAACACGAGCUUGGCUCUCAAGGUUUUAGAAGAGAAUCGUAUCGAUGAAGGUAUGAGUUUGUUGAAGAGAUUGCUGCAGAAGAAUAUGGUUUUAGAUACGAUUGGUUACUCUCUCGUUGUGUACGCCAGAACGAAGCAAGGCGAUUUGGUGUCCGCACGGCAAAUGUUCGAUGAAAUGCUUCAAAGAGGUUUCGACUCCAAUGCUUUCGUUUACACGGCUUUCAUCAAAGUGUAUUCCGAGAUGGGUGAUAUUGACGAAGCAGAGAAGUUGAUCGCUGAGAUGGAGAGCUCUGGAAUCGAUCCGUAUGAAGAAACUUUUAACUCUCUCAUCGUUGGUUGUGCAAAAUUCGGAAGAGAAGGAGAAAGCUUGAAGUAUUGCGAGAUGAUGGUCGCGAGAGGACUUCUUCCUAGUUGUUGGGCGUUCAAUGAGAUGGUUGAGAGGCUAAGCAAGAUUGAGAGCGUGAAACUUGCAAACGAAAUCCUGACAAAGUCGAUUGAGAAAGGGUUUGUGCCUGAUGAACAUACAUACUCUCAUCUGAUUCAAGGGUUUGUUAAAGGAAACGAUAUCGAACAAGCUCUCAAAAUGUUCUACGAGAUGGAGUACCGAAACAUCUCACCGGGUUUCGAGGUGUUUAGGUCACUGAUAGUGGGGCUUUGCUCUUGUGGAAAAGUGGAAGCCGGCGAGAAGCACUUCAGAAUUAUGAAGAGGAGGCUGAUACAGCCUGAUGCAGAGAUAUAUGAGGCGUUGAUUAAGGCAUUCCAAAAAACAGACAAUACACUUGAUCGUGAAUGAAUCCUUCCUUUCACUGUCUAUAGAAUAAGACGCUAACAAUAUGGCCACUUAAAAUUAACGGGGAUUUGUGACGCCGUAAAAUCCGGCGUCAGAAAAAAUGGAGGAUGCGGUGGUUUUUUAUAAAACGCAGUGACACCAACUAAAUGAGGAUGCCGUAAAAAAAACUGUUUCCUUUGUAUUUUCUUUAACGCGGACGCUGCCGCUGCGUCUAAGAAAAGAACAGGGCUAAUAAAACGAAUGCGGAUAGGGUUUAUGAUGAAAUGAUAUCAAUAAGAUGAUUCAAACUCGGUGGCUAAGCUUGUUUGUAGCUUCAUUUGGAAUUAUCAUUGAUUUUUUGCAAGUUUAAUCAUGCGUUUAAUCAUGCGCCGGUUAUCCAA